AUGAGCGAAUCCGACACGCUUGUUUCCAUGAUCGAAGACAGUGUAGACAUUACGAAGGAAGACGUCACCGAGAAUCCAGAUAGGCCCAAUUGGAGGUGGAAUGUCGAGUCCCAAGAAACCGAGCACACACGUCUGAUUCAGCUGGACAACGUAGUCGGGACCUUCAAGAAUAAAUUCUUGACCACCAAGGGUGAAGAUAAGUGCUGGAAGAUUUGAGGUGGUGUUGCAUCCAAUUUCGUAUGUGCCUUGUGCAGUUGUUUUUGCUCCGGCGAGAUUUAUAAUCUGUUGUACAACACUCAUUGGGGCAGUAAUAAUGGAAGAGCCAGUGUCGACAAUAGCUUGUUGUGGACCGGUAGUCAACGACGUUCCUCUCGUGUACACUGGACCUAAUUCGAUCCGCCACAAUCUUUCGGCUAUUAGAGGUACCCAUGCGAUCGUUCCCUUAUAAUGCGCUGGGUCUGUCCCACAGAUAGUCAACUCUCCAGCAGCACCCCGGUCGUUAUUGGCUCCGCCCAUGUAGAAAGCAAAUAGGGCUUCCGGGCACAUUUUCUUGUCAGCAAAGAUCUGGUCCAAAGGUGGCGAAAUACCACCUACCGCAUCUGAAUUCCAAGCCAUACCGAGUAUACCGUCGAAUACUUCUGUCGCGAAUUUAUCGGUCUCCGAAAUGGCACAGCCGAAACCCUGUGUUCUGUUGGUGCAAUAGCUGCAGCCGCAGCCAAAGCAAACAAUAUCGUAAUCGAUGUACGCCGUGACAGUGCCACUUCCAUAUUGAACCUCGAAUUCGUCCUUCGUUCCGUUGCAGGUUGUCGAUUGUUGGCAGUUGAACUACAAAUGAAGGCGUAA